AUGCGGUUGUAGGUGGUGCAUGGUUGUAGUCCGGUUGUAGUUCCUACCAUAAACUGUUGUUUGUACGCUGAUUGUUAACUUACAAGGUACCACAGUCAGCCAGCGGUGUUGCAAGAAGAAUUUUACUUCUGACCCGAAUAGAGCAACUAAAUCAUUUAAAAGCCGGGAUCAUGCCAGCGAAGAGACGAGCUGCUUCUGCUGCCAAGGCUGGAGGAAAAAAGGUGAAGGAGGAACCUGAGACACCGAAGCCCAAGGAUGCUUUUACCUCCACCAAAGAGGCCCUUCUGGCUGCAGGGGCGCAGAAAAAAGGCACAAGGAAGAUAGAUGAGCACUGCUCACUGUCAUGCUCUGGAGAUGUUUAUGAGGAGUACGACUGCAUGCUGAACCAAACAAACAUUGGACACAACAAUAAUAAGUUUUACGUUAUCCAAAUUAUUAAAGCUGACAACAAAUAUUACUCCUGGAACAGGUGGGGUAGAGUGGGGGAAGUGGGACAAAGCAAAUUGAACCCCUUUGAUAAACCUGAGACUGCUGUUAAGGACUUUGAGAAAAAGUUUAAAGAUAAGACAAAGAACAACUGGAGUGAUCGGACGAACUUUGUCUCUCACCCCGGAAAGUACACCUUGAUUGAAGUGGACGGAGAGCAGGAUGCUGAGGUCAAGGUGGACAGUGUUGAUGGAAAAUUAGUCAAAGUAUCAAAAAACGUCUUGCCUUGCACCCUUGAUGAAGUUACACAGAAACUCAUCACUCUGAUUUUCAGCAAUGACAUGUUCAAGGAGGCGAUGGAAUGUAUGAACUUAGACAUCAAAAAGAUGCCUUUGGGUAAACUCAGUAAGGUUCAGAUUGCAAAGGGCUUUGAAGUUUUGGAGGAGAUUGAAGCAGCUAUGAACCAGAGAAGCGGAAGAGAGCGUCUGCAGGAACUUUCCUCAAAGUUCUUCACCACAGUCCCACACAAUUUUGGCAGGAACAGACCGCCAACCAUCGAUGACAACGAGAUUGUUGAGAAGAAGAAAGAAAUGCUUAUGGUGCUGGCUGACAUUGAGCUCGCUCAGACUCUGAAGUCUGAAACUGAGAAGGCUCAGGAGGAGAUGAUAGAGACGGUUCCUCAUCCUGUAGAUCAAGAUUACAUGUCUCUCAAAUGCAAUCUCACUGUACUGGAUAAAAAGACAGAGACAUUCAAGAUCAUAGAAAAAUACCUCAAAGGAACUGAAGGUGGCUACUCCAAACCCCAAAUUCUCAAUGUCUGGGAAGUUGACCGAGAGAAAGAGGGACAGCUCUUUAGUGAGCAUGAUCACCUGGAGAACCGCCGUCUGCUGUGGCACGGUACAAACAUAGCAGUGGUGGCUGCCAUCCUGAAGAGCGGCCUGAGGAUAAUGCCCCAUUCAGGAGGCCGAGUUGGCCGCGGUGUCUAUUUUGCCUCUGAAAACAGCAAGUCUGCAGGCUACGUGCGCACCUCAAAUCAAACUGGAGUGAUGUUUCUGAGUGAGGUAGCUCUUGGGAAAGAGCAUACUAUUACCAAAGAUGACAGUGGCUUGAAGAAGGCUCCUGAAGGCUUUGAUAGUGUGGUGGCCCGAGGCCAAGUGGAACCAGAUCCCUCCAAGGAUAUCACCAUCACUCUGGAAGGCAAGCAGGUAUCUGUGCCACAGGGGAAACCCGUCAAACAGCCACAGUUCUCCAACAGCCACUUCAGCAACAGUGAAUAUCUCAUCUACAAAGAGAGCCAGUGUCGUCUCCGCUACCUGCUGGAGCUGAAAAUGCACUGAUAAUUUUAACCAAAGAGAUAAAUCCUUUAAAAGAGAUGAGCUCCUUGUCACUUGAAUGUAAUGGGCUUCCCAAAAGACUUGGAUAUGGUUUUGUCCUAGUUAAUAUGGAUGCGGUUUUCUUUAUAUAAUAAUUGUGUAGAUAUUUCUACCACAAUGCGUAAAUGCCUCAUUCCUUACUGUGCCUUAUACUUGUAUACGUGUCUGCUUGAAUGUCCUCCUGUUGCAGACAUUACCUAACUAAAAUUAUAAUUUCUCUUACCUUUUAAGAAGAUUGUGACAUCUUUCUGCGCACUUACUUUAUAACUGUAAAAGGCUUGAUUCUGGCACAUUCAUGUGUUUUGAAUCACCAAUGUUCUCUUUACCAUUUCAGUCGCUUAAUUUUUAAAUCAGAUAUCAUUCCUCUGUUAAAGUGGAGCAGAGUUGACUCAUGCGACUUGUAUCUCAUGAAAGCUGAUGGACAGUUGAAAGAAAAACUCCUGAAGUCUCUUUUCUGAAGAAAUGUCUUUUGAAUUGUGAGAUUAAGGAAAUUAACUGAAGGACAGUUUCUCUUAAUUAACCUCUGAGUUCAGCCAACUUGUUAAGAAUCUCUUAAAAAGAAAAUGUCUUGGAUAUUUAAAAAUGGCCUGCAGAAUGUGGUUGCAAUUGUAACACUUGUAACAAUAACAAGUACCGUGGGAGAAAAUAGUAAGCUGAUAUUGAUUUGUGUUUACAGAAGUAUAAGAUGCAUAUUGUGGCUUGUUGAAGAACAGUUACCAGUCAAAUGAUUUCAUGAGAUGUACCUACUGAAAGUAGGUCCUGAAUUGUAUCAUCAAAUGAUGAAAAGCUCAUGUAAAGUGAAUCUUCUGGCACUGAUUCUGAUGCUGACAUGCUGUCGCAGGAUGAUCUCCAUUUGAAGUAAAACAGCUUCUGUAUUUUUGCACAGUGAUAUGACUUGGGAUGCAUAAAUAAACUGAAGUGCCCCUCUAAA